AUGUUUUUGCUUCGAGACUUGCUUUCUUCAUCCAUCCAGGAUGACCAGAACACCAUUGCUGCUGUUACUAAUCGCCCGCGCCUGACAGACAGAGAAUUUCGGACAUUGUCGACUCUCCGCAUGGUAAGCCCUUGGCCCAUCCUCGCGCACAUAAGAUCUUCUAAGAUCACCCCGUCCAAAGAUGAAGCGGCACUGGGCUCCGACGGUCGUUUGACAAAACGUUCCGGUCAUGACGGAGACGCCUUUUUUGCGGCAGGCCUAGAAAACCUCGCCCACUGA